GUUUUGAAUCAACAUGGCGGCGUACGCUUCGCACUUGACAACGGGACGAGUUUUAAGAUUUUUAUUAAAAGGGUCACGUUGGUCGAAAGGCGUUUGUUGUGCAGUUAGAGGUUGUUCAACAUUAUCUCCGGGACAUUCAACCCUGUCAGGAUCUUGGGCUGCCCCUAGACACAGUGGACUGGUCAGCCACUAUGAAAGCCUGGUGCGCACUGGGUCACUUCGAAAGGACGCCCAGCAGAGAGCUGCACUUUUUCAAUUGGAACAGUUAAAUGGAGUGAUGGCAGCCUAUACCAACAUCCCUAUCCCUCUCCCUCAUCCUAAAGACUGUAUUUUAAAGAGUCAAACCACCAACAACUCAGAACUGGAGAAUAAAGGAAAGUCAAGGGGAAUGUGGGCAGACAGAAAAGUUUGCAGUCCAGAAAAAAUUGUGUCAAAGGAAAAAGAACAUGAUGCUAAUGACACCGAGGAGGAGUCUCCAAAGUCACCUCCUCCCCGUGGUUACUAUAUUCAUGGGCAUGUUGGUACUGGAAAAACAAUGCUGAUGGAUCUUUUUUACUCAUUUGUGAAAAACAGCAGAAAAAAGAGGGUUCAUUUCAAUGCAUUCAUGUUAGAUGUUCAUAGAAGGAUCCACAAACUGAAACGGAGCCUGCCAAAUCGAAGAAUAGGUAAAAUGACAAUUUAUGACCCCAUCUUUCCGGUUGCCAUGGAGAUUGCUGAGGAAACCUGUCUCAUAUGCUUUGAUGAGUUUCAGGUGGUGGAUAUAGCGGAUGCUGUGAUUCUGAAGCAGUUAUUUGAGGGGUUGUUCAAGUGUGGGGUUGUAGUUGUUGCCACCUCAAACCGACCACCUGAAGAACUGUACAAAAAUGGGCUUCAGAGGGCUGCUUUUGUGCCUUUCAUUGGUGUACUCAAGGAGCACUGUCAUACAAUAAGUCUUGACACUGGAAUAGAUUACCGGACGAGAGAAAUGGAGCUUGCCGGAAGACUAUACUUCAUAUCAAGUGAGCCUGAUGCAGAGAAUGCUGUCAAUACGCUAUUUGAGGAACUGGCUUACAGACAAAAUGAUGUAACCAGGCCAAGAGUGUUGAAUGUGCAGGGAAGAGAAGUAACCCUUAGCCGGACCUGUGGAACCAUCGCAGACUGCACCUUCCAAGAGUUGUGCGAGAGACCAAUGGGUGCUGGGGAUUAUUUAGAAAUAGCACGGCAGUUUGACACGGUCAUAAUACGGCAUGUUCCUCAACUUCGACUUGCGAUGAAGGACCAAGCCAGACGCCUCAUCACUCUUAUUGACAACUUUUAUAACCAAAAGGUUAGAGUGGUAAUGUUGGCUGAUGCACCAUUAGACCGUCUCUUCAAUCAGGGACCGAUGACUGGAGAGGAGGCGAGAGAUCGCUUAAUGCUAGAUGAACUUGGCCUAACAGAUGAGGCCAGUGAGCGGUUGACACUGUUCACAGCAGAGGAGGAGAUUUUUGCUUUCCAGAGGACGCUGUCUCGACUCACAGAGAUGCAAACUGAACAGUAUUGGAUUGGUGGGGAUCGGAGUCAAAUGUAUACUAUAACUCCCCUGCUGUCAACAACCACUUAAUAACAGAACCCAGAUUAAACAUAUCUUUACAUCACAUGACCUCCCAAAACAUUCAGUACAGAUAUAUCACCAUAAAUAGAUGCAAACUG